AGACAAAAUGUAUCCGGAUAGUUUUUUUUCAGAUAAUUCGAUUAAUAAAUAAUUUAAAAAAAAUAUUUGAUUAUUUAAAACUAAUUAUAGUUAAUACUUAUAAGUUUAUAAACUAUAUUAUAGAAAUUUAGAUACUCAUUCGAUUUCGGUUUGAUUUUGGAUUUUUAAUUUUAAAAUAUAGGAUCGGUUCGGGUAAUUUACAGGAAACAAACCUAAACCUUUUUUUUUUUUUUUGAAACACAUACAAACCUAAACCAAACCUCGUUUUCUGGUACAAUUCAGUUUUUCCGUUAUCGAAGCCUAAACUAAACCAAUAGAAAGACAAAACAACUCAUUAUAUACUGUACAUAGUAACAAAGACCAAACACAACAAAAUAAGUAUCUAAAUCUCCAAACAAGUUUGUUCUUUUAAUUACAUCAGUAAUGCUCUCAACUUCCGUGAGUGUCACGUCUCGUCUCCUUUCUUUGAAAAUUUAUCGGGGUCUAGGUUCUAUUCCGGCACCAUUGUAUGAUUCCAUAAUCGAGCCUUUAGGGCUCCCAUCCAAUGAUAAUCUCCACAGGAGUAGAAAUGGCGUUCGUGUCUUUGAUCUCCUCGAGGGCAAUGGUAUUACCGCUUUGAGACGUCUCUACAACAUGCUGCUCAAGGAAUGUACAGUCUCCAAGCGAGUUGAUCAGGGAAAGAUCGUGCACGCCCAUGUUGCCAAGUCUCUGUUCCGAUGUGAGGUUGUUAUGAACAACACUCUCCUCAACAUGUAUGCUAAAUGCGGAAGCUUGGAAGAGGCUCGCAAGGUGUUCGACAAAAUGCUUCAAAGAGACUUUGUCACGUGGACCACUUUGAUUUCUGGUUACUCACAGCAUGGUCGACCCAUUGAUGCGCUCGUCUUGUUUAUUCAGAUGCUUAGCGAUGGGUUUAUUCCUAAUGAGUUCACGUUGUCCAGCGUUGUUAAAGCUGCAGCAGCUGAGCCUCGAGGAUGCUGUGGUCAGCAACUUCACGGGUUCUGUCUCAAGUGCGGGUUUUAUUUGAAUGUUCACGUUGGUAGCUCUCUUCUUGACAUGUACACUCGCUAUGGUCUUAUGGAUGAUGCGCAGCUGGUAUUCGAUGCGCUUGAGAGUAGGAAUGAUGUUUCUUGGAAUGUUCUGAUCGCUGGCCAUGCGAGGAGGUGUGGUACAGAGAAGGCUCUUGAGCUUUUUCAACGAAUGCUUAGAGAGGGUUUCAGACCUUCCCAUUUCUCCUACUCCAGCAUCUUUGGCGCUUGUUCCAGUACAGGGUUCUUGGAGCAAGGGAAAUGGGUGCAUGCUUAUAUGAUUAAAUCAGGUGAAAAGCUUGUGGCUUUCGCAGGAAACACUCUUAUUGACAUGUAUGCGAAGUCAGGAAGCAUCCAUGACGCGAGAAAAAUAUUUGAUAGAUUGGCUAAGAGGGAUGUUGUGUCUUGGAACUCGCUCCUCACUGCUUAUGCUCAACAUGGAUUUGGAAGAGAAGCGGUUUGCUUGUUUGAAGAAAUGAGAAGGGAUGGGAUUACUCCCAAUGAGAUAUCUUUUCUCUCUGUGCUUACAGCUUGUAGCCAUUCUGGUCUUUUAGAUGAAGGUUGGCAUUACUUUGAACUGAUGAAGAGAGAUGGGAUAGUACCCAAGGCUUGGCACUAUGUUACAAUUGUUGAUCUUCUUGGGCGUUCUGGUGAUCUUGACAGGGCACUUAGAUUUAUCAGAGAGAUGCCAAUAGAACCCACUGCAGCCAUCUGGAAAGCCCUGCUUAACGCUUGUAGGAUGCAUAAGAAUGUGGAAUUGGGAGCCUAUGCAGCCGAGCAUGUGUUUGAACUCGACCCUGAUGACCCUGGUCCCCAUGUAAUACUAUACAACAUCUACGCCUCAGGUGGCAGAUGGAACGAUGCUGCAAGAGUGAGAAAGAAGAUGAAGGAAAAUGGAAUUAAGAAAGAACCUGCGUGCAGCUGGGUAGAGAUUGAGAACGCAAUCCACAUGUUUGUAGCGAAUGAUGAACGUCAUCCGCAGAGGGAGGAGAUUAGUCGCAAGUGGGAGGAGAUUUAUGCGAAGAUCAAGGAUUUGGGAUAUGUGCCAGACACCAGCCAUGUAGUUGUCCAUGUGGAUCAACAGGAGAGGGAAGUGAAUUUACAGUAUCACAGCGAGAAAAUUGCGUUGGCGUUUGCGCUUUUAAACACCCCUCCUGGUUCAACCAUACACAUAAAGAAGAACAUACGGGUUUGUGGAGAUUGCCACUCAGCAAUUAAGUUGGUUUCAAAGGUGGUUGAGAGGGAGAUCAUUGUGAGGGAUACAAAUAGGUUCCACCAUUUUAGGGAUGGUAGUUGUUCUUGUGGGGAUUAUUGGUAGUGAUAACUGAAGUAGAAUCAGUGGCUUCUUCAGCUGAUGUUGUUAGAGAGCUGAUGUUACCUUCUCCUCUCGUUGAAGACGCAGACAGAUUUCAGGAGUAUACAACUCAAAAUCACGAGCUAAACUCUUCCAUGAAGUUGCUUAUGUCGUUAAAAGAAGACCCUCCUUCCUCCACGGCCGCUUUAGCCAUCUCGGCAAGCUUCUUUGCCCGGCUACGCAUCUCCUCAGCUUCUUCCCCAGCCAGUACCUCCUUCACAGCUUUCUCCACAUUCUCUCUGCUAAUGAAAUCUCCCAUAAUCGCAUGCUUGUUACUUCCCACGCUCACUC